GGCCCCCCGCCGCCGCCGCCGCCACCGCCGCCUGCGUCUCCGCCACCGCCCAGGGGGCUAGGGCCGCCUGUUGCUGGCGGAGCAGCGGCGGGGGCGGGCAUGCCGGGUGGCGGCGGCUGCGGGCCCGCGGCGGCGCUGCGCGAGCAGGAGCGAGUGUACGAGUGGUUUGGGCUGGUGCUGGGCUCGGCGCAGCGCCUGGAGUUCAUGUGCGGGCUGCUGGACCUGUGCAACCCGCUGGAGCUGCGCUUCCUCGGCUCGUGCCUGGAGGACCUGGCGCGAAAGGACUACCACUACCUGCGCGACUCAGAGGCCAAGGCCAACGGCCUCUCGGACCCGGGGCCGCUGGCCGAUUUCCGAGAGCCGGCCGUGCGCUCGCGCCUCAUCGUCUACCUGGCGCUGCUGGGCUCGGAGAACCGUGAGGCCGCCGGCCGCCUGCACCGCCUCCUGCCCCAGGUGGACUCGGUGCUCAAGAGCCUGCGCGCGGUUCGGGGUGAGGGUUCGCGGGGAGGCGCGGAGGACGAGCCCGGCGAGCGCCGGGAGGACGGCGAAGGCGAGGAGGACGCGGAGAAGGACGGUUCCGGCCCGGAAGGCAGCGGCGCCGAGCCCCGGCCCGGCGGCGGGCUGGGCUUCAGGGCGCAGGAGGAACUGCUGCUGCUCUUCACCAUGGCUUCGCUGCACCCGGCGUUCUCCUUCCACCAGCGGGUCACCCUGAGGGAGCACUUGGAGAGGCUCCGCACUGCGCUCCGCGGGGGCCCCGAGGACGCAGAGGUGGAGGUGGAGCCGUGCAACUUUGCCAGCCCCCGGGCCCAGAAUGAUUCUGCUCAUGGUGAUUACACGCAAAGUAAUGAGGCCAGUUUACUAGAACAAGCCCCAAUACCUCAUGAUGGACUUCCUGUGGCACCUCAUAGAACCCAGCGAGAAGCCGUGCACAUUGAGAAGAUAAUGUUGAAAGGAGUCCAGAGAAGAAGGGCUGACAAAUACUGGGAGUACACCUUCAAAGUAAACUGGUCUGAUCUUUCAGUCACAACAGUAACAAAAACCCACCAAGAACUACAGGAAUUUCUACUGAAGCUCCCAAAGGAAGUGUCUUCAGAGACUUUUGACAAGACCAUCUUAAGAGCCCUGAAUCAGGGUUCAUUGAAAAGGGAAGAACGGCGACAUCCUGACCUAGAGCCCAUCCUAAGGCAGCUAUUUUCCACGUCAUCCCAAGCUUUCCUGCAGAGUCAGCGGGUGCACAGCUUCUUUCAGGCCGUACCAGCGGACCCCCUGCACAGCCUCAAUAACUUACAAUCCUCUCUGAAGACUUCUAAAAUCUUAGAACACUUAAAGGAAGACAGUUCGGAAGCCUCAAGUCAAGAAGAAGACGUGUUACAGCACACCAUAAUCCACAAGAAACAUACCGGGAAAAGUCCCCUCGUGAACACUGUCGGUACAAGUUGUUCUCCACUGGAUGGGCUCACCAUGCAAUAUUCCGAACAGAAUGGACUCGUGGAUUGGAGGAAGCAAAGCCGUACCGCCAUUCAGCACCCGGAGCACUGUGUGGCCUUAGCUGACCAGCAUUCAACUGAGAAACGAGGCUUAUCAUCAAUAAAUAAGAAGAAAGGAAAGCCACAAAUAGAAAAGGAGAAAACGAUGAAAACUGACAACAGAUUGAAUAGUAGAAUAAACGGUAUUAGACUCUCUGCUUCUCAACAUGCCCAUGGUGGUUCUGUGAAAGAUGUGAAUUUGGACAUUGGAUCUGGACAUGACACAUGUGGAGAAACCUCUUCAGAGAGUUACAGUUCUCCUUCUAGCCCCCGACAUGAUGGAAGAGAAAGCUUUGAAAGUGAAGAAGAAAAAGACAGAGACACAGACAGCAAUUCUGAGGAUUCUGGGAAUCCGUCAACAACCAGGUUUACAGGCUAUGGUUCUGUCAACCAGACCGUCACUGUCCAGCCGCCUGUUCAGAUUGCUUCAUUAGGAAGCGACAACGGAGGCCUUUUAGAAGAUCCCCUCACUGCACCCAAGUAUCAGCAUAUUUCUUUUAUGCCAACUUUACACUGUGUCAUGCACAAUGGUGCCCAGAAGUCUGACGUUGUUGUUCCUCCACCCAAAUCUGCCGAUGGCAAGACAAUAGGGAUGCUUGUUCCCAGUCCUGUUGCUAUUUCUGCAAUAAGGGAAUCCACAAAUUCCACCCCUGUUGGAAUCCUGGGGCCAGCAGCUUCUACUGGAGAAUCCGAAAAGCACCUUGAAUUACUGGCUUCCCCUUUACCUCUUCCAUCAGCCUUCCUCCCCCACAGCAGCGCCCCCGCUUUGCACCUCACAAUCCAGAGGCUAAAGUUGCCGCCACCGCAGGGGUCUUCAGAGAGUUGCCCAGUUAACAUCCCACAGCAGCCCCCCGCAAGUCUGAGCAUCGGAUCACCAAACACUGCCUUUCUUCCUGUCCACAGCCCAGGUAGUUUUCCGGGAUCUCCUGUCGCUACCACGGACCCCCUCACAAAAUCUGCAUCCCAGGUGGUAGGACUCAAUCAAAUGGUGCCUCAAAUCGAGGGAAACACUGGGACCGUCCCUCAGCCUACCAAUGUGAAGGUAGUUCUCCCAGCAGCCGGCCUGUCGGCCGCCCAGCCACCAGCUUCCUACCCCUUGCCAGGCUCUCCCCUCGCCGCCAGUGUGUUGCCCAGCCAGAAUUCCAGCGUGCUCAGCACGGCGGCCACGUCGGCCCAGUCGGCGGGGGCGGGCAUCAGUCAGGCCCAGCCUGCUGCGCCGCCCGCCGUCCCCACCCACACCCCAGGCCCCGCCCCCAGCCCGAGCCCCGCACUGACACACAGUACUGCGCAGAGUGACAGCACGUCUUACAUCAGUGCUGUGGGAAACACGAACGCUAACGGGACAGUAUUGCCGCCACAGCAGAUGGGCUCGGGUCCUUGUGGUUCUUGUGGGCGCAGGUGCAGCUGUGGGACCAAUGGCAACCUUCAGCUAAAUAGUUACUACUAUCCUAACCCGAUGCCCGGACCAGUGUACCGAGUCCCGUCGUUCUUUACUCUGCCAUCCAUCUGCAAUGGCAGCUACCUCAAUCAAGCACAUCAGAGCAACGGAAACCAACUUCCUUUUUUUCUGCCUCAGACUCCAUAUGCAAAUGGACUGGUGCAUGACCCAGUCAUGGGGAGCCAAGCCAACUAUGGCAUGCAACAAAUGGCGGGAUUUGGGAGAUUCUAUCCUGUCUAUCCAGCACCUAAUGUAGUUGCCAACACGAGCGGUUCGGGGCCCAAGAAGAACGGGAACGUGUCAUGUUACAACUGUGGCGUAAGCGGACACUACGCACAGGAGUGCAAGCAGUCGUCCAUGGAGGCCAGUCAACAAGGCACUUACAGACUGAGAUACGCACCUCCCCUCCCCCCUUCUAAUGAUACGUUGGAUUCUGCAGACUGA